AUGAUAAUUCUCCGUAUUUAGACCAUCUAAUAUAAUCUAACAAUUAUUGACUAUUGCAAUCAAAAAUUAUAAUUUAGUUUGAAGAUUGGUCAUAUUUUGAUCAAAGUAUAAAAGAUUUCUGAAAAGGAUGGAUAGUCUAAUAGUCAAUAAAGAGAUUAUUCAUGA